UUCAGCUGUGCGGCGAACCACCCGGCAACAAUGUAACUUCCAUACGUGCACAGGAUCCUCAGCUCGCCGGAUCAACCUUUUUAAUUCGUUCAUAUGGUGAUAUAAUAACGUUAAGCGUACAGGCAGAUUCACUAUACCGAAAUUUUGGAGUUAGACCUUCGAGCGUAAAAUGAAGGAUGGGGGAGGAAACUGUCAUCCAUAGAACCACAGGCUCUUUGCUGCUGUCUCCAGUCAGCGACAUCGUUGGGGUCCCUUUGGACCAGGUGAACUUCUUAGUUUGCCAGAUAUUUGGGCUUGCAGUGGCCUGCUGGUUCCGUCUCUCUCUGAGUCCGUGGCGAUUUGGUCCAGUGGUCCGCCAUGUCGUGGCCACUCUUCUUGGGUGCUGUUUUGCCAUAUUCUGCUUUGGCUGGUAUGCCUCACACCUUUUCAUCCUGGUUCUUGCAUGUUACGCAAUCAUGGUCAUGGCAAGCCACGGCAACAUUCACAGGUAUUCUAUGAUCGCAGCCAUGGGGUACCUGACAGUAUGUCAGAUCAGCAGGGUCUUCAUCUUCAACUACGGCAUCCUGUCCACAGACUUCUCAGGGCCUCUGAUGAUAGUCACACAGAAGAUCACUAUCCUCGCAUUUCAGGUGCACGAUGGCACAAGUAAGGAAGACACUCUGACGGCGGAGCAAAAAGAGCAGGCUGUACUAUCGAAGCCUUCACUGCUGCAGUACCUGAGCUACAACCUGAACUUCUUCAGCGUGCUGGUGGGGCCUUGCAGUAACUACAAGGACUACGUGGCCUUCAUCGAGGGCAGGCAUGCCCAGCACAGGCUGCGGAGGCCGGGGGCUCAGGGAGUGUCUGUGCAGAACGGAUGGGACAAAGUGGCCGAGCCCUCGCCAGUGGGCGCUGUCGUCCAUAAGCUGCUUGUCUGCGCUGGAUGUCUGCUGGUGUUCUUCACCAUCACCAAAGCCUUCCCCAUCGCACACAACAUGGACCCGCUCUUCAUCAGCCAGGCGCCCUUCCUCACCAGGCUGACGUACGCCUUUGUGUCCAUACAGGCAGCCAGACCCAAGUUUUACUUCGCCUGGACGUUAGCGGAUGCGGUCCACAAUGCAGCAGGGUAUGGCAUCAAAGGUCUAAAUGAGAAGGGAGAAGUGUCCUGGGACCUCGUCUCAAACAUUAAUAUUUGGGAAAUUGAGGCAACGACCAGCUUUAAAAACUUCAUCGACAACUGGAAUAUUCAGACAGGGAUUUGGCUGAAAUGUGUGUGCUACGACCGUGCGUCCCGCUACCGUACGGCCCUGACAUUCGUGCUGUCGGCGCUGUGGCAUGGCGUCUACCCAGGAUAUUACUUUACCUUCCUCACCGCCAUCCCAAUCACUAUGGCUGCCCGCGCAAUGCGUAAGAAUGUGCGACAUCACUUCCUGUCGUCCAGCACGCUUAAGUUGAGCUAUGACGUGGUAACUUGGGCCGCCACCCAGCUCACUAUCUGCUACACCGUCAUGCCUUUCCUGCUGCUGGCAGUAGAACCCACAAUGCAAUACUACAGAUCGAUGUACUUCCAUGUGCACAUCAUCAGUGUGCUGCUCGCACUCUCUCUGCCCAGCAAACCCAGAGCCCCCCUGCUGCAGCCUCAACCUCAGCCUCACAACCUCAACAACAACGUGAAAGGAGACUGACGUGCUCCUUUGCUGAAGAACAAGUGUGUGUGUGUGUGUGUGUGUGUGUGUGUGUGUGUGUGUGUGUGUGUGUGUGUGUGUGUGUGUGGAGAAAGGGGCAGGAUGGGACAAAGGCCCCUCUGUGUGAACACAACAAAGACUGCUCAGCAAGGACAGCACCCGCUGGUUGGGCGGCCCUGAGCAGCAAACAACACACACACACACACACACACACACACACACACACACACACACACACACACACACACACACACACACACACACACACACACACACACACACACACACACACACACACACACACACACACACACACACACAGAGAGAGAGAGAGAGAGAGAGAAAUGCCCACCAGACACAAAUACACACAUACAUACACACACACACACACACACACACACACACACACACAUAAAUACCCAAUGCACAUGCAGACACUUGCAGAGAUACACACAGAAAUACCCAUUGAACACACACAAGUAUUUUGUACAAUACAAACACACAACUCUGUCCACAUAGUGUACAUAGUGUAAACUCACAUACAAAGACACACACAGACACACAGACACAGACAAACACACACAGACACACACACAGACACACAGACACACACACACACACACACACACACAGACAAUACAGCACAGCACAACACAUGCACUCACUAUGAUAUGCCAAUUCAUUCAUGCAUAUACAUACACUCCACCCACUGUUUAACAUGGAGUUGUGUGUAGGCAAAGUUGCACACACAUGGAUAUGCAUUUACCCAGGAUGCAUGCUGCCAACAGAUUCCUCUGAUCGGCAUGCAGCAUACACUGGUUACUGAAUUGCAUUGACACUGAGCCAAAGGAGCCUCACAAACAUGGCCGCAAAACAUGGCCGCCGGGCAGAGGUCAGGGGUCACGUCACUGAAUCCACUGUACUGUCUAUGCACUCCCACUGAGCCCAGGUCACUGGGAGAUCUGGUCACUUGGCACACUUUCAUCAGUAAAUUAAUGCUAGCUACUCUCGCCUGGGGGGUGUACUACAAGGGGAGAAAUUGCGUUCAGAUUUCACAAACAGAGGCGGAUGUUUCUGGUUGACUUUGUUUUUUCUUUUCCUUUGAACUUUUUAGAUUCAGGCAGUUGUCACAGAUGUUUGCCACUUAUUUCAAUUCUUAGUAUACCCCUCUGGCCCGUUACGUUUUGUUUGUACGUUGAUAGUACUGUUGAUGUACUGGGUGCUGGUUGAGUCUGAUUACUAUUAAUUUAAUACCACUGCGUAACUAUUUAUUUGAGAAUUACACUGUAUUUGAAGAAGGGCUGGCACAAGGCGUGAAGGAUUUUCUUUUCCUUCACAAGACUGUUCCCUGGGGUCACUGUAGGACCCUGCUUGCCCACAGCCAACCAUGUGGUGUGUCUGCGCUAUGAAUUAUAUGAUGUGGUUUUGUUUGUUUUUGUUUUUUGUUUUUGUCAGAAAUGCCUUUUUUGAGUGUAAAUGUAUGAAUGUCUUUGUUUUUACCAGCUAAUACUGCUACAAGUGUGUGUGUAAGUGUGCUCCUGAUAUGUGAAAAAAAAGAAUGUUGUAUGGGUGUGAUGACAAUAAACUGAUU